AAACCUGACUCUAAUUAGCACGCACUCUUCCCUUAGCGGCGGCGACCUUCGUGUGUUUGUUUCCCAUGGAGACCACUGGAGUAUCUUCCCUGGGAAGCACCGACAUCCAGUCCCAAAUCACUGACACUUCAAACUUUUACCCCCAGUCUUCAGAGAGCCUGUUGCAGGUGCUCCAGACACAGCUUCAGGCGGCCAAUGUGGCCACACAGAUCCAGCAACAACUACAGGACGUUUCCACCUCAACCGCCACUGUCCCCUUUACCUCUUCAACAACACCCACCACUCAACUCCAUCCUCCCCCCUCUUCCUCUUCCUCUUCCUCCUCGUUAUUGAACACUCCGUUCACAUCAGGUGACCUCCUCUCCCAGCUGAGACAGCAGCGGCAGCAGCAGCAGCAGCAGGGAUCAGUAGAGACUCAAACAGCCACAGGGGACCAGCCUGGGCAGCAGUCUGCAGUCACCUCUCUGCUGACGGCCCAGCUGGCCACUGCUCUCGGUAUUGACACUGCAGCCAGCUCCCCCUCCACCACUGGCGUGACGGGGAAGGUGCUGCCUAACCUGGCGACUGCCCUGCUCUCCCUGUCCCGUCUCCCGAAUGGCGAGGGCAUUGAGGAGGAGCCACUCUACGUGAAUGCCAAGCAGUACCACCGGAUCCUCAAGAGGAGGCAGGCCAGGGCCAAGCUGGAGGCUGAAGGAAAGAUACCUAAACAGAGACAGAAAUAUAUGCACGAGUCACGGCACAGACAUGCCGUCAAGAGGUGCAGGGGCUACAGUGGGAGGUUCCGUGGGAAAGAGAGUCCGCAGAAGUCCCCCGAUCCACCCAUCAUUGGCUCCCUCCCACAUACACUGCCCCUCAUUUAUCAACCUUUAACGAGCACUGGGCCUUUAGCCAGUAUCAGUGAUGUUGUUACUAUUGCUACCACUGGUAGUACGAGUGAUGUUGUUAGUACCAGCAUCGUCCGUGGUGGUGGAGCAGUUCCUCGGUACCAGAGUGUGGUGGUGGCAGGCCUUGGGGAAGCCCCUGGCCUACGAGGACUAAACGUGGUGCCUGAGAUGAUGAUAGCUGCCAACAAGGGAGACACUCUACCAGUGACCUCUGUAAACACUACCUCGGUUUCAUUACCUCUCAAUCAACUCGGGGUCACCCAGCCAUCAUUAUCGACCGGGUCCCUCGUCCCUGCCAUGUCGUCUGGCCAGGAAGACACGGAGUCUCUUGGAGACGUCACGAUCCAAGGUCUCAUCAACGCAGCGCAGACUUUCUCCGUGCCCAUCCUCCCCACCACUGUCACUAGUGGGUCUCCUUGAUUAGUGAGAGAAACCCUCUCAAUAUCGACCAUGUAGCAGGCGCACAAAUUCAGGAACUUUCUCAAGUUUACGCUCUAAAAUGUGGUGCUGUGCUAAAAAACUGUUCGUAUCAUCUUCUCAAUAACAAAAUUUUAUAUGUAUGAUCAGAAGGGUGAUAUAUAUAAUAUAUAUAUGGCGGUUUAUUAUUGAUUGCGGCUGGCAACAGAAUGACUAUAAUACAUAGUUUGCUGUAGUGACAAAUAUUCUAUGGGUGAGGUCAUAGCAAUAUACCAUCUAUAGUGCUACACUAAGUUUAGAGCCAGGGUAGCUUUGGCUAUAAAUAGAAUACAUUCCACAAAUAGAACUCUCUACAAGGACAAGAAGAACACCAAAGAAAAUGGAGUUACAAAAAUUAGGGGGAGAGGAUGAGACCAAUAAGAGAUGAGUGGGUGAAAUAUAGAGCUCGAAAGCGCACAAAACCUGCUAAUAUAGCAGCCAAUAGAAAACAGCUUCAUCGCCACCGAAAAUAUCCGUUUCCGUUGUCCAGUAUCGAUUGUCCAUGGGUUACUUAACGUUAGCUCCCAUUGCCGAUGCGAGGUGGUUGGGGGGGAGGGGGAUAGGGGGUUGGGUAUAGGUGCUCUCUCCCUUCACACUCAAAGACACCUCACUCCUUCAGUUGUCGGGCUCUGAUUUGAGGCAGAGGGAAGCCGGCUGGCUCACCCCCGCACUGGCAAAGAGGUCCUUGAGCACCUUGAGUUCCUUGGACAGGAGCGUGAUCUUUGACUGGAGGGCCGAGUUCUCGUCCUCAAGGUCCUUCACCCGCUGCUGGGUCUCCAUGAUCUGGACCCGGUUCUUCUCCCGACUCUUUCUCACGGCAACGUUGUUCCUCUCUCGCUUCUCCCGGUACUCCCUCGUGUCCUUCUCGGGCGUCUUUUUCUUGGACGAUUUCUUGGAUGCCUUGCCCGGGGCUGGUCUCGUCCCCACGAGGGAGUCAGGGAGAAGGAGCGAGGUUGGGUCAGUUAGACUGGUGAUAGUGGUUUGGGAGUGGGGUAGGGAGAUCCCACCCACAGCUCCGGAGCCCUCAGUGUCGUACAUGUUGAUCCGGGAGUUGUGGUUUGGCGGUUGUUGCGGAGUGGGCGGGGAGCAGAAGUUGCCAAAGGAGGACGAAAAUGCGGCAGCGGCGACGUCUCCGCUCGUAGUGGUCGUAGGUGCCUCGCGGUAGCUCUGUCGGGCACUCGUCGGGCCGGUGGCGACUGUCUGGGGAGACGGGACGGCUACAACGGCCGUGGGCACCUCGCCGACGCUGCUGAAGACGUCUGGGAGCCACGAGGAAAAGUCGACCGACUCCUCGUUCUGGUACAGCCCCAGGCCGCUCUGCCCAAAGUUGCUGGACUGGGCAGCACCAGCACCGGCUACGCUGUUGGCGGACUUAUUCGUGGGAGGGAAGAACUCCAGUUCGUUCAGUAGACUACCGUCCAUAUCUGAAGUGACAUACAGAGGGUACGCUCGUAAGGAUCUGUCCAUUUGUAGCAAUAUCUAGACUACACACGCGAAGACUGGGCUAAAAAUUCUCUCUCUCAAUGUUUAAACACUGCCGAUCGACAACUUACACAUUAAAGUACGCUAGGGGAAGGGGAAAAGCGAUCUUCCGCUGGCUGACUCUCGAUUGAUCUCUCUCUCUCAAAAACUGAACUGAUGCAAUACCCGGCGUGCGGUAAAAUAGCCACUAUGAUGACGUCAUGUGUUACUAAACAUAGCCCAGCCACGUUGCAGAAAAUCUCUCUCCAGCAGAGAAGAGGGCGGGGCUAGGCUAGCUAGCUUGGCAGCAGUGUCACAUGACUGGCCAAAAAGCUGUUCGGAGGACUGGAACUAGUUACCCGUAGCAGUUCCGUCGGGGUCUUUGCAGGCUUGUUGUUGUAAGUUCUCCCUCGUCCGGUGUAAGCCUUACGUACCGGCAAGUGAUGUCACGCGCGUUGCUGAUAGCACUGGUAGCGGUUCUGACCGCUAGCUGCUCCCUGGCUGAUGAUGAUGAGAGCAUGAGAGAGUAUAUUGACAUGUGGAACCGCACCAUCCAGAGCAUGACAAGUCCACCUGAACCGACUUUCUCGGCGAUGGCACUAAGUUGCCACGGUUGUGAAUUUACUAAAGAGGAUUGUGAGAUACGAGAUUGGAAACCUGCCACAUCAGCUCAUCUCUUGACACCUAAAGACAUUGGCAUCGUGGCUGCUCUCGGAGACUCCAUAACAGUCAGUUUAC